UCGGUUAUUCCAAAACUGAAACGGAUUGCGGCUUUGGAGAAGGGGAGUGUAACCACUCUGUUGGAUCAGAAUCCAAACUGUAAUGAUGAUGAGAAGUGCUACACUAUGCUGCAAGUCCUGACACACUUGCUUCUGCCAACUGCAGGAAGAGGUGCAGUAUCAAAUCUGCUAUUUCAUAUCUGCUGGACUUUGUACCGGUCCGUUUUUGGUUCUGUGUUUCUCUGGUCACACCACCCUGGGCUGAGUUCAGCCCCUACAAAAAGUAUUGGGAGGAAACUUCUUUGAUCGGCGCCGUUGAGCCAAUCAGAUUUCAGCAAUAAUGAGGAUUCGUUGAAGCAGUAAUCUACUCAUACGAAACUCACGAUGCCUGAUCCCGUGAAAGCGCCGAAGAAGGCAUAAUCAGUGAUUUCACAGUCGUUUAAAUUAGCCUACUAAAUAUUAUUGAGUUGUUCUUUAAACAGUGUGAACACCAUAGACAGUGUCUCCUAUUCGUGCCCUGGUGGGCAGUAGGCCACUAUGGCCCCCGCUGGCCUUUUACCUCAGUAUGCCUCCAAAUUCGGGCAGUUUUGGGUUCGCCUGAAAUACAUCGGCGAUCCCCCUACUCGCGAGUAUGUUGGUGAAGUUUUGUUGUUUGAGUCUGUCUGGAUUAACGUUACUGACGUGUACUCAUUUAUAGCCUUACCUAACAAAAAAGACUUCGAGCUGUGCUUUUUCCACGAGGCACCUUUAAAGCGUUUCCUGGAAGCCCAAGCCUCUAAAAAUGGAGACCCAAAAUGGAAGGACUGGUCCAUCGAGUCCUCCAUUCAAAUGGAUAUCACAAACAUUAUAGUGAAAUUCUGGACUGGGCGAGUACCAGACCAUGACAUAGAUCUGUAUCUGAGCAGAUUUUGUGAGAUCUUGCAUUCAUACAAACCUGUGGAUAAGUUUGGUAUCUGGUAUGGUGUUCGCAGAUAUAAAGUAAAGAUGCGUAAAGACGCAAACGGACACACUUCACAAAUCCCCAACUCCAUCUCCCUUGGCCCUUACAACGGGAGAAUAAUCUACUCCGGUCAAUCCAUCAGCUGCUUUAUAUGUCAUUCCACCGACCAUCAGGUAAAGCAGUGCCCCUCCGUAAAGUGCUGGAAAUGUGGCAACUUGGGCCACAAGGCCAAAGUCUGCAAUUUUGAGAGUCAGUGCAGCCUGUGUGGCGAAAAAGGCCACAUUUUCUUCAGCUGCCCUUCCUCCUAUGUGAACAAGGCUAGAGCCCAGCAGCAGUCUGGCCCUCCAGUCAACCAGCGAUCUGGUCCUCCGUCAGCAGCUAAGCCGCUUCUAUUGGCGGAACCACAGCAGCCCGGCCCUUUACCAGCCGCCAAGGAGCGACCUGAUCCUCCGCCAUCAGUAAAGCAGCAGCCUGCGACCGAGCAACAUCAACCUGGCAUUCUGCCAGCUAAGCAGCGAUGUGACCCUCCACCAUCAGUAAAGCAGCAGCCGGCAACCGAGCAACAUCAACCUGGCAUUCUGCCAGCUAAGCAGCGAUCUGACCCUCCACCAUCGGCAAAUCAGCAGUCAUCAACUGAUCAACAGCAGCCUGGCACCCUGCCAGCCAAGCAUCGAUCCGAUCUUCUAACAGUGACAAAGCAGCAGUCCAGCUGCAGCCCGGCUCUCUGCCAGUCAUCCUACAGGUGCCUGGAGCCCUCCCCUGCUCCUCGCGUCUAUCUGAUGUUCAGCUUCUCGCCUUACAGAGGGAUCGUCGUCCGUCCCUCAAAGAGGCGCUUCCUGUCGAGGAGCCGCAGCCUUCAGCUCAGACCCCUCCGGAUGCCCUCUGUCCAUCAGGUGAGGAGACUUCAAGUGUAUGUAGUGAGAAUGCACAUAGAAAAUUCAUUGAUAUAGAUAGUAGUGAUGAUGAUGAAGAUGUAAAGGAUGAGGGCGAGCUGUUUUAUGAGAGUGCGAGUGAGAGUCCGAGCUCGGAUUUCAGCCCGUUGUUAACAGCUGCCCAGUGGUCCAGCAGAUCUCCCCUCUCUCCCCUGCUGGAAAAACCAGCAUGGACCAGCAUAAUUCCCAUGCUGGUCUAUGCUGGUCUAUGCUGGUCCACCACCUUAGUCUCGCUGGAUUACCAUUUUAGCUCAUUACUUUGUACAUAUUUUUGCAGCCAGUACUUAGUACAUAGUCCUUGUAGGUAGAAAUAAGCAAAGUAUGGGUGAAAUACAAGACAAUGAAAUAGAAAUAAGGCUAGCAAUGCCAAGUUAUUUAAAGGGAGUACAUUAUAUAAUGUUAAAAAUUGGCAUGCUGCACAACACAUUUUCAUACAAAUUAAUUAAU